AUGCGGUUUCUCUCGUACGUGCCGUUCGUGCGCGCCGUGCGCUGGAAGCCGUGUGCACGCGGCGCGGCAACGGCGGCGCGUCUGCUCGUCGUCGUUGUCGUGGCGAUGCUCGUCUGGCACGGGAUGCUGUCGGUCAUCUACGUUCCUAAGCUUGUUAGCGACGCGCGCAACGUCAGCGGAUACUUUCACAUCCCCGUGCGCAUGCUCCGCGGCGACGGCCUCCACUUCAUCCUCGACCACCCGCAGACGUGCGGCGGCGGAAGACGCCUUCACGUGGUGGCGCUGAUCGUUAGCGCACCGCGUAACCACGCCAACCGCGACACCAUCCGCGCGACGUGGGGCGCGGCGCUGCGGCGGCGUCACGGCGACGACGACCCCAGCGCGUUCCUAUUCGUCCUCGGCGACCCGCGCAACGCGAGCCUGCAGGCGGCGCUCGCCGACGAAGACCGCCGCCACGGCGACCUCAUCCAGGCAGACUUCAUAGACAGCUACUUCAACAUGACACUGAAGCAUCUGGUCGCGCUGCGCUGGGCCGUGCGCCGUUGCCGCGGCGACGUCAGCUUCGUGCUGAAGACGGACGACGACGUCGUCGUGAACACGCACCGUCUGCUGCCGUACCUGUCGUCGCUCCCGGCAACCGACGAGGCGCUGCUCUGCUACGUGAACAAGAACCCGAGGGUGUUUCGCGACGAGACGAAGUGGCGCAUCUCGCGCGCGCUCUACGCAGCCGCCACGUACCCGGACUACUGCGCGGGGCCGGCGUACGUCGUCACGCCCCGCGUCGCCGCACGACUCUUCGACGCCACGCUCGCGAUCCGCCCGAUGUUCGUCGACGACGUUCUUGUGUCGGGGAUCGCGCGCCUGCACGCGGGCGUGCGUCUCAUGCGCGCCCCCUACCAGCUGCGCCCCGCUGACUUCACGAUGUGGGAGCCGGACCCCCUCGCGACGUUCGCCCGGGCAGCGGAGGACGGUGGCGCCCUCCCGAUGUUUGGCGCAUUGCAGGGUUACGCGGGUGACAACAAGACGGACGUGAUGCGAGCGAUCUGGGACGUGAUUGAGGCGACGCAGCGCCGCCGCCGCGGGUGA